GAGAGGGAGGGAGGGAGAGAGAUGGCGUUUGGCGCAUCUCGGCCGUCCAGUGGCUUCCGGUUCGACGUCUUCCUGAGCUCCACCGGCGGCGACUUCGCCGGUUCUCUGUACGACAGCCUAAGUAGGAGCGGCGUGCGGACGUUCAAGGAAGAAGAGAGAACGGCUGGCCAGGACCGCCCAUCUGAUCAGGCGAUGGAUGGCUCGGACGUGUUCAUAGCCAUUCUGUCGGAGUCGUACCCCGGGUCCCGGCGGUGCCUGAGGGAGCUCGCCAAGAUGGUGGCGAGCGGCCGUGUGAUACUGCCGGUCUUCUUGGACGUCGAUCCGUCGGACGUGCGGCGGCAGAGGGGGCCGCUGGAGAGGGCGUUCAGAGAACACGAGAGGGACAGGGCGGUGGAGAAGGAGACGGUGACGGAAUGGAGGGAGGCGAUGACGGCCGUGGGGGAGAUCAAGGGCUACCAUCUCACCGACAAGGAACGAAGGGACGACACAAAGUUCAUUCAGUUGAUCGUCAGAGAUGCUUUGAGCAAACUGAGCAGUGCACCACUGGACGUGGCAAAAUACCCAGUUGGAAUUGAUUACUCAGUAGAAUCUAUAAAGCGUUUGUUGAGUCUUGAAACAGAAGACGUUCGAAUGGUAGGAGUCCUUGGAAUGGGAGGUCUGGGAAAGACCACUCUCGCCAAGGAAGCUUUCAAUCAAGUAUCUCAACAAUUUGAGAGCAGCAUCUUCCUUUCCAAUAUCAGAGAGGUCUCAAGACAACCUGGUGGGCUCGUCACUCUGCAAAAUGAGUUGAUAAGCAAGAUAUUCAGAGGCAAAAUUCAUUCUAUACAAUACGUUGACCAAGGAAGCGAGGUGAUCAAGCAGAGGAUUCACAGCAAGAAGGUUCUUAUAGUUCUCGAUGAUGUCGAUGAUGUAGACCAACUCGAUGCGUUGGCAGGGGAUCGAGAUUGGUUUCGAGCAGGAAGCAGAGUUAUAAUCACAACGAGAGAUGAACAUGUCCUAAAUGUCAAGAAACUAAAGGAGCAUGAAAUCUAUAGAGCCCAAAGAUUGCAUUUCUACCCAUCACUCAAACUGUUCAGUUUUUAUGCCUUUGGCAGAGACCAGCCUCCAGAAGAGUUCAUGGCUCUAUCUAGGGAUGUUGUUGUGGCCAUUGAUGGAUUACCCCUGGCUCUUAUAGUAGUUGGCUCAUAUCUGUUUGACAACAGAAAUGAAGAGGACUGGAGAAAUGUCUUGAAGAGUUUGGAACAUACGCCUCAUGAGGAUGUUCAGCAGAUACUCCAAAUAAGCUAUGAAAAACUUGAUCAAGAAGAGAAGCACAUAUUCCUUGAUCUUGCUUGUUUCUUCAUUGGAAUGGACAGGGAAGAUGCAAUUCAUAUAUGGGAAGGCUGUGGCUUUUCUGCAAAGAUAGCGAUUAGGAUCCUUUUACACAAGUCGCUUGCAAACAUUGAUGAAUCGAACAAGCUGGCGAUGCACGAUCAGAUCCGAGACUUGGGGAGAUCAAUUGUUGAACAGGAAAACCCUACAGAGCCUGGCAUGAGAAGCAGGCUAUGGUUCCAAGAAGAUGUCUUGAACGUACUAAACAAUCUCAAGGGAACAGAAAAUGUGGAAGGAAUUACGCUCGACUUUGGAAAGAGCAUUGAACGGGCAAAGACAUCUUUGUGCAAUGAAAGUCUUAGGCCAUUAACAAAGCUUAGACUUCUCAAGAUCAGUAAUGUGAAUUUGACAAAUGGAGUUAAGCAUAUACCAACUGACUUGAGAUGGCUUCAAUGGCAAGGUUGCAGUAUGGAAAUGCUUCCUCAUAAUCUAAACCUCAAAAAGCUUGCUGUUCUUGACUUAUCUUAUAGCAAGAUGUCCCGUGUUUGGCAAGAACACUGCUUUCAGAGAAAGAUUGUUGAUGGGAUCAAAGUUCUUCAUCUUAACCACUGCUCCCAACUAGUAGUCACCCCCAACUUUUCGAGGCACCCAAAAUUGACGAAAUUGACGCUUGGACAAUGUCAGAGUUUGAUAAGCAUACAUGAAUCAAUUGGCUACCUAAAGGACUUAGUUUCAUUGGAUUUAAGUGAUUGCUCCAGCCUGAAGAAAGUGCCAAACUGCAUUGUAAAGAUGAGAUCUCUUAAAAUUCUCAUACUUUCUGGUUGUUCCAAAAUAACUUCUCUGCCAAAGAAAUUGGGAGAGAUCGAAUCUUUGGUGGAGCUUCUCCUUGAUGGCACUACUAUUACUCACCUUCCUGAAUCUAUAGUCCAGUUGCAGAGCCUCUGCCGAUUACUCUUAAAUGGAUGCCUGUCACUGAAAGCACUGCCCAAUUCCAUUGGCAGACUAUGCUCCUUGAAAGAACUGUCACUAGAUUAUACAAAAAUCCAAGAGCUACCAGAUUCUGUAGGUUCUUUGAAAAGGCUUCAAGAGCUAAGUGCAAGAUCAUGUGCCAGUCUUGCUAUAUUACCCCAUUCUAUCGGCCAGAUGAAAUCCCUAGAAUUUCUAUUAUUGGAUAAUAGUAGCAUUGAAUGGCUGCCUAAUACAAUAGGGUCCUUGGUAAACCUAAAGACAUUGUCCAUAAGAAGAUGCAAGAAACUGAAGUGUCUUCCUAGUUCUAUGGGGAAAAUGAAAAAUUUGUGUCAUAUCUACAUGAAUGAAACAAUUAUAUCAGAAUUGCCUGAGGAUUUUGGAAUGCUGUCAGAUUUGCGGAUACUAGAAAUGCAACAAUGCUCGCUGAUCAAGUUCAUCCAUGGAAACUUCGGAGACCUCCAAGAGCUGCGGGAACUAUCAAUGAGGAAAAUGUCGCAGAUCACCAUGCUUCCAUCCAGCUUUUCCCGACUUUGUCACUUAGAAAAGCUGGACGCUAGUCUAUGCAGUUUGGUGGAGAGGAGUAUACCGAGUGAUUUUGGAAAUCUAACUUCACUGGUGACACUGGAUCUAAGCCACAACAAGUUUUGCAGCCUGCCAUCCAGCCUGAGCGAUCUCUCCAAGUUAGAGGAACUCUCUGUAGCUCACUGCAGAGAGCUUCAAUCUCUCCCUCCACUGCCUUCAUCUCUAAGAAGGAUGAGUGCGACAAACUGCACUGCCUUGCAAGAAAUACCAGAUAUUUCAAAUUUAAAGAACCUGAUGGAGUUGCUUCUGACUAACUGCGUAAGAGUGACCAAUUUGGUCGGCCAUGAAAAUCUGAAAUGCUUGAGAUUCUUACAUUUGGACGGAUGUAGAAGUCUUUGCAAGGGGGCGAUUAACAGGCUAAGCAAGGUACCUUUUUAGAACCUGCAGCUGACACAUGCUAUUGUUCUCAAGUUCUCACUUGUCGCACCCGCAAUUUUCUUGCAGGAAACACUUCAGAAAUUGGAAGUAUUGACCUUUCCUGGAAGCAAAAUUCCCACCUUUCUGACGCAUCAGGAAUCUUUCUGUGAAAUUUCAAAACCCUCCGACACCAAUCUUAAGUUCAGAGGGGUGAUGCUGUGCUUUGUUUA